CACUAAGCCGACAGUUAGCAGCACUAGCUUCCUCCUGCCAAACCUCACCCGGUACGUGUCGCUGGUUGUCCCGCAUCAUGUUCAGAGCCGCCGUCCGACUCUCAGUCUCCGGUGUCCGGAGUUUAACCCGCACGCAACCUGGAAGCCAAGCUCUUUUGGCUUCAAGGUGUUACUCACAUGGAAAGCAAGAGACUGAUGAGGAGUUUGAUGCCCGCUGGGUCACCUAUUUCAACAAGUCAGACAUUGAUGCAUGGGAGCUGAGGAAAGGGAUGAACACGUUGAUUGGUUAUGAUCUGGUACCUGAGCCAAAGAUUCUCGAGGCCGCACUGAGAGCCUGUCGGAGGUUAAACGACUUGGCCAGCGCUAUCCGAAUUUUGGAAGCGGUGAAGGAUAAAGCCGGCCCCCACAAAGAGAUCUACCCAUACCUGAUCCAGGAGUUGCGGCCAACAUUAGAUGAGCUUGGAAUCUCCACACCUGAAGAGCUUGGCAUUGACAAAGUAUAGAUGAAUCUAAAGACGGUGGACAUCCCCAGGACACAGAACCCUUGUACUUACAUGUUUGCCUCAUAUAAUACGUGUGAUAUUUAAUUUGGCCUUUAUUACGUUCUUUUGCUUGUAAAAUAUUGAUGAACCUAAUAAAGGAAAGUGUAUCUUUA